ACAAAAGCAAAGAAAAAAAGAAAGAAUAAAAAUCUGAAACGCCUUAGCGAGUUCGUUCGAUAUAUCGAGAAGAUCGCUCUUCUCCUCGUUCUCUCGGAGCAGCAACAAACCCUAGAGUUCCGAUGAUGAUGAGGGGUCUCUUAUCCGGCGCCAAGCGGCUAUCAACUCCGACCACCGCAUCCGCGAGAAGAAGCUACAGUCUGAUUCCGAUGGUAAUCGAGCACUCGUCUCGAGGAGAGAGAGCUUACGACAUCUUCUCUCGGCUGCUCAAAGAGCGUAUCAUCUGCAUCAACGGCCCGAUCAACGACGACACCUCCCACGUCGUCGUAGCCCAGCUUCUCUUCCUCGAAUCCGAGAAUCCUUCCAAGCCGAUCCAUAUGUAUCUCAAUUCACCAGGAGGCCACGUCACCGCCGGUCUUGCAAUUUACGAUACUAUGCAGUACAUUCGUUCUCCGAUAAGCACAAUCUGUCUAGGCCAGGCUGCAUCAAUGGCCUCUCUCCUCUUGGCAGCGGGUGCCAAGGGACAAAGGCGGUCGCUUCCGAACGCAACCGUUAUGAUUCAUCAGCCUUCAGGUGGGUAUAGCGGCCAGGCCAAGGAUUUAACGAUUCACACGAAGCAGAUUGUUCGUGUGUGGGAUGCUUUGAAUGGUCUUUAUGCGAAACACACGGGCCAGCCUAUCGACGUGAUUGCGGAGAACAUGGACAGGGAUAACUUCAUGACUCCCGAAGAGGCCAAGGCGUUUGGGAUAAUCGAUGAAGUGAUUGAUGAGAGACCGUUGGAGUUGGUGAAAGAUGCAGUUGGGGGUGAAAGCAAAGAUAAGAGUUCGAGUUGAGGGAGUCACUCUGUUUCAGAGAUCACAAUCUUAUAUGAUUUGCUUAUGUGAAGAACUGAUGCUGCCGUCUGCUGCUGGUCACUAAGUUUUUGAUCAAUAAUACUCUUCGCUUUCAUUAGAAAAGUUUGUGCGAUUUUGUGUUAUAGAACACCAUAUGGUAAUUAUUGGACUUUGAUUGUGCUCUGAGAAAUUAGGGAGAGAGACACAUUAAGAUCUCCAUGACAGAAGCAGGAUUGCUAUUUAUGUUAUACUAGCUGAUAACGCGCGGAAU